GGCACCGUAAACUAGGACCCCGGGACAGGGCCAACCUGGUAGUCUUGCUCACUGUUCAGAACAGCGAGUGGUGUCAACGCACUAGGUCUUGAGCUUCAGCCUCAACGAACUAUUCAGAUUAAUCUUCAAACAUGUCGUUCGGGGCAGGUACCAAUGUCUUUGGCACUAGUAAUACCGGCACGUCCAUCUUCGGGCAAUCUAACGCGCCAAAGCCCACCACUUCGCUCUUUGGAAAUACGCAGCCCUCCUCCGGAGCGGGAACCACAACGACGGGCUUCGGUGGUUUCGGAGUGCAACCCCAAACCCAGACACAGCAACCUGCUCAAGGAAGUUCUGUGUUUGGAGGAGGCGCUUUCGGACAGACACAGCAACAACAGCCAUCCGGACCGACUUCGAUAUUUGGGCAGCCCGCACAACAACAGCAGCAGCAGCAACCUACAACGUCUCUAUUUGGGCAGCCUCAACAGCAGCCAUCGGGUACAUCUUUGUUUGCAAACCCUUCAACAAAUACGACUGGGCAGCAGACUGGCGGCGCAUUUGGAAGCACUCAGCCGCAACAGUCUACUAAUCUCUUUGGGAGCACUCAGCCGCAACAAUCUACUAGUCUCUUUGGGAGCACGCAACCGCAACAAUCAACCAGUCUAUUUGGAGCUACGCAGCCGCAACAGUCGACUAGUCUCUUUGGAACCGUGCAACCACAGCAACAGACAAGUAAUUUGUUCGCAAACACCCAACAGCAGCCGGGUGGACUGUUCGGGAGCACGAAUACUCAGCAGCAAGUUCCUGCUGGCGGGCUGGGGGUGAGCACAGCGGGGACAUCGAUGUUUGGGCAACAAAGACAAUCAUCGAUGAUGAGUACCACACCCAUAAGCGGACCUGCACCUUUUUCAAAAUCCACGAAGUUUAAUGAUCUUCCGGAUGAUAUCAAGAGGACGUUUGAACUCAUCGACUCGCACAUUCAGGGACGUAUACAAAUAAGCAACGAGCUUAAACAGCGAAAAAUGGGGGAAGAGGCGAUCAAGGGCCAGGAGUUAAUUCGCGAAUUGCACAAGGAGCUGCUUGGUGUAUCCUCCGUUAUUCAGUCGGACUCUCUCUUCGCCAAGGACCUGAAAGUGAAGACUGAACAAGCAGUUCAAGACACGAUUGUCGCAACCAACAUCAUCGAGGGCUUUAAAAAUCCGCAUCAGAGCGCAGCAUAUCUCAAGAAUCAUGCUUCGUUCCCUCUGGAAUUCUUCACCCGUGUCACGCAAGAGAUGCAGGAGCGUCUGCAGUGGUUCAAAAACACUAUCGAACAAAUUGAGCGGAAACUAUCCGCAUCGGCAUCCCAAUCUCAAAACACGCCCCAAGCAAUUUCAUCCACCCUCCAGACGCAACAUGCCAUAUUCGUUUCGCUUGCGGCUAGGACUGCGGCUGUUGACGCCGAAGUUCAAAAGGUAAAGGCGUUGUACACACAACUGUGGCGCGCGAAAACGGGGAGCAUGCGUGACCCUUUUAAUGAACUUGACCGCGGUAGUGGAGGAGAGUUUGGGAUGGAGUCGUUACAGGUCAAGUGAGGUAGUUCUGCACAUCCCUUGAUUGGCGUGAUACCAACUGCGGAAAAUAUACUCUUGCAUAAACGUGUG